AUGGCGACAGUUGUGGUGCAGCAGCACACGCUGCGACAUUCGACUCCCCCACCGUCGGGGAUCACCCCCGCCUUGAACCUCAACAGAACCUCGUCGCCUAUCCCAAACAAGCAUCUGCCUGUUUGCCCAACGGGCCCUUCUCCGGUUUCCGCUCAUACCCCUUCCCCAGCUGGAAGCGGAAACACUACCCUUCAAGCUCCCUCGCUUUUACACCCGCCCGAUGCAUUUCUCCAACUCUCGCAGUCUCCUCCGAUAUACUCCUUAGAUCGCGCAAGCUUGGCGGCUGCUUUAGACCAUUGGGCUUCUCAGCCGUUACCAGAUCCAUCUCAGGUUUUCCCGUGGCUUCAUGGACUUCAUCCAGCCAAUCAUCUGCAGGUCGGCUUCUUCACCAACCGCCGGCGCUCCCUCAGGCGGCUUCCCAUGUGCUGGCGAGGCAUCACGAUCGUCAAGGUCGGCGGAGACUUGAGCAGGGCACGCAUCAAGGGCGCAGUGUCUCCGGAUGAGGUGCUAGGCCCGUCAGGUAGAGAGUUCCUUGCAGUAGACCCGCGGGAAGGCUUCUCAGUGCGCAACUUCCAGAUACAAACUGCAAAGCUGGCUCCAUUAUCUGAUAUCAUCGUCUAUGGUGAGGAUAAUGUCAGUCAAAAUCAGAUUUUGGAUAUUGCGGCAAGACUGGCCACAGCACAAUAUCAUUGGAGACUCAAGAACGACCUCGAGCAAAGCUUACCCUCGUACAACACAUUUAUCCUUGCUUGUCCUUUCUCCGAGAUAGAAUCGAAGUCCCCGGGGCUGGUCGCUAUCGGUAGCAACGGUCAGCUCACGAACCAAGUGAUGGAUUUCUUUCAAUGGGAACGGUUCGAAAUGUGCGAGAUGUCCCGUGCAUCCGAGAUCUCAAGGAACAUAUGGUUGGGCCCGACAUCCGACUAUUUAUUAUUAUCUGGACCCGGUGGUUGCCCAUCUGCGGAGACUUUUGACCUACUGAUCGAAACAAGCGAGCUAGCGAGCAUUCCUGGGCCUCGUUUCCUGGCGAACCUUAAUAAACAACUCGAAGAGGGGCCACAGAAGCUGGAAUUUCCCUCAUCGGGAUCGAUCCUCGCACCUUCGAGUGAGACCCGAGAAGUUGAUGAUUUGGUCAACACGAUCCGCUGGUUGUACUAUUUGGCAAACCCGGAUGAACCGGAGCACACUGUUGACGCCGAUGGCGACAUCUCAAUGCCGCCUCUCAGCAGAAGGCCACACAAGAUCCUGAUUCAUUGUCCCGACGGUUACACUGAGAGCUCACUCCUAGCAAUCGCAUACGUGAUGUUCGCCGAAGGCAUCUCCGCCCCCAAUGCCUGGCUCCGCCUCCACAGUGAGAAGAAGCGGAACUUCUUUGCGUAUCCCUCGGAUGUCACGUUCUUGAGCAGCGUGCAAGGGAGACUCCUGCAAGAGAGUCCGGCCACCAAGUCUCACAAACUUACCAGCCUCCCCGACCCGCAAUGGUUCAGGUAUUGUGAUGGCUCCCUCCCGAGUCGGAUCUUACCAUAUAUGUACCUUGGUAACCUGUCCCAUGCGAACAAUCCGGAAAUGCUCUGGGAGCUCGGUAUCCGUCGUGUUUUAAGUAUUGGUGAAUCGGUGACGUGGACUGCCUCCGAAACCACGAAGAUGGAUCCGAAGAAUGUGAUGCACAUUACUAAGGUCCAAGAUAACGGCAUUGAUCCGUUGACUCAGGAGUUUGAAAAGUGCUUGGAAUUCAUCCGUCAAGGAAAACGCGAUGGUAUGGCUACUUUGGUUCAUUGCCGUGUGGGAGUCUCACGCUCGGCUACCAUCUGCAUAGCCGAAGUGAUGUCGUCUCUUAAUUUGUCGUUCCCUAGAGCUUACUGCUUCGUUCGUGCAAGAAGACUCAAUGUUAUAAUCCAACCUCACCUGCGUUUCGUAUAUGAACUGCUCAAAUGGGAGGAGUUGCAAGUACAAAAGCGCAACAAGACGCCCAGAAGAGAACUAGAAUGGCCGACUGUGGCCCGCGAGAUCGCGCUUAUGAACAAGCCAUAUUCCCGAUAG